CCCAUUGUACGGUAGCUGUUAAAGCUAGACAUUUCACGCUGUAACAACAUUCAAUUAUAGUCAGAUAGCACAAGAUUCUCCGGCUGGCUGCACCGAGCUGACAAAAUUUUGUCAUCGGUUCAAAUCUUCUCCCGCACUGUGCACCUGUAGUGGUCCAGCCAAGUUUAUUCGUUGAAGCUGUGUGGUGGCGUUCGUAGCACGUCCGUCUACCCUUUACCCGAGAUGUGUGCUGUAUCUGGCUGUGUUCUGCAGUAAAUUACAACAAGAUAACAUGGAUGCGUCCGAGUGUAGUAAGCUGAGCGACGGUAUCGAAGCUCCGCUAUGGAUGUUCUGGAAGCGGCGGCGCUACGUAGUGGUGUUUAUGGCCUUUUUUGGCUUCUUCAAUGUCUACUCGAUGCGAGUAAAUCUGAGCGUGGCCAUCGUUGCCAUGACCGAACUUCGGGAAGUUAUGUCUGAGAAUAGAACUUUAGGAUAUGAACAAAACUUCGAUUGGAGCUCAAGUAUACAGGGUUACGUAUUGAGUUCGUUCUUCUACGGAUAUGUGUUUACCCAGGUGCUGGGAGGUUAUAUGUCGAAUAAAUUCGGUGGCACAAAUGUUUUCGGAGUGGGAAUCGGGGCAACGGCAUUGUUAACCCUGUUGACUCCGAUAGCAGCUCAGGCAGGAGUAGGAUAUUUGAUAGCGGUUCGAGUUCUUGAGGGAUUUUUUGAAGGUGUAACCUUUCCCUGCAGUCAUGCCAUCUGGUCCCGCUGGGCACCUCCCAGUGAACGCUCGCGGAUGGCGUCGAUAGCAAGCACGGGUGCGUUUGCCGGGACUGUUGUAACGAUGCCCGUCAGUGGGUUAUUGGUCAACGCCUCCGGUUGGGAAAGUGUGUUCUACUUCUUCGGGCUGGUUGCUUGCGUUUGGUAUAUUGCGUGGCUCUUCAUUGUGAGAAGAUCUCCGGAAGAUGAUGAGCACAUAUCCGCUAGGGAAAAAGCAUUUAUUGUUCAGACACUAAAAAGAAGCGAAGGUGAACCGGAGAAUACGCGGCAUCCAUGGAAGAAGAUGCUAACCUCAAAGGCAGUUAUAUCCAUGUCGAUCGCUAGUUUCACGGAGGAUUGGGGUUAUUACACUCUUCUCACAGGAUUACCAACAUUCUUGAAAACCGUGCUUGGUUUUGACCUGCAAGCAUCCGGAUUUAUUUCUGCUCUGCCGUAUCUACUGAUGGGUAUCCUGUUGAGUUACGCUGGCUAUCUGGCCGAUUGGUUACAGAUUCGAGGCCAUCUUACGACGACUCAAGUUCGCAAAUAUUUCACCUGUGGAGGCUUUCUUGCCCAACUUGUCUGCAUGAUGGUUGGGGCGUGGGUUUUAAGCCCCAUUCCAACUAUCAUUUGUGUGACGAUAGCCGUUGGAAUGGGAGGUGUUGCCUGGAAUGGUUACCUGGUGAACCCACUUGAUCUGUCACCUAAAAGUGCCGGAGUGCUGAUGGGAAUAGCUAAUGGGUUUGCGACGAUCGCUGGAGUGAUUAGUCCCAUUGUUAGUGGAUACAUAACGACCAAUAAUAGCGAGAACGAGUGGAGAUUGGUGUUCUAUAUAACGGCUGGAAUUUAUGUGAUCGGCACAUUGAUCUACUGGGUGUGGGGAUCUGGUCAGUUGCAACCGUGGUCCGUAGAGGUAAGCGAACAAAGUAAACAAUCAAUGAACCAAAAUGACGGGACAGUUAUGUCCGAAAUAUACAAAGUGACAUAA